CCGAUGAUCUCCGUGAUCGCUUGUGCAUGUUUGUGAGCAGUCUCUUGCUUGUUUCGCCGUCGUUUUGAAUUUUCGCCUUCUUGAACCGGCUGGAACCUGAAGAAAGCUUUUGUGCGUCUCUGUGUGCGUGCCUGUGCGUGGUUGAGUUGCGGUUUUCUUUUGGCAUUCGGAUGGGCGUCUUGUGUUGUGUGAGCCGUCGGCCGUACUGGUUCGAUCAGUAAUGGCCGGAGUGACAUUGGAUUUGCUCUGUACUGAGUUGAUUAUCAUGACAGUAAUCGGCCUUCGAAGGAACAAUGCGGUGUGCUCGAUGUUGCUUAAUUUCGGAACGUUGAAGCAUGCGAAUUUUUAGAGAAACUUAGACAAAGAGGAUAGAAGAAUAAAGCAGCGGAGAUAGUCUGGUUGGCACAGAAUUUGACGUGUUUCUGGACGGAAAAAGCAGAGCAAUGGCAGUUAGUUAUUACCAAAAUCAGGCUGAACAUCUACUGAGGGAGUAUAUGCUUGCAGAUCCUUUUGUUCCUUACACAUCUGUUGUUGGUGGGAUUCUUGGUUGCAAAAUGGUCUAUGACCUCACGCAGUUAAUUAGUGCGCUGAAUUUCAAGAGCUAUCCAAGCCUUUCAUACAUGCAGCGCGUUGAGUGGAAUAAUCGGGCCAUAUCAACUGUCCAUGCGAUUUUCAUCACUGCUCUGUCGCUAUAUUUGGUGUUCUGGUCAGAUAUGUAUGCUGAUUACCAACUUAAUGACCUCAUUACAUUUCGAAGUUCUUCACUGUCCACUUCAAUACUAGGGAUUUCUGUUGGAUACUUUCUCACCGAUCUUGGGAUGAUAUUCUGGUUUUAUCCAUCGCUAGGUGGCAUGGAGUAUGUAAUUCAUCAUAUCCUAUCAAUAGUAUCAUUGGCAUAUGCUAUGUUAACCAGUGAGGGACAACUCUAUACCUUUAUGGUUCUCAUCUCUGAGACGACAACCCCUGGAAUCAAUUUGAGAUGGUACCUUGACAUGGCUGGAAUGAAGAAGUCUAAAGCAUAUCUUAUCAAUGGUGUUGUCAUAUUCUUAUCUUGGCUGGUUGCCAGAAUUCUCCUGUUUCUCUACUUGUUUUACCAUGUCUACUUGCACUUAGACCAGGUCAACCAGAUGCAUGCAUUUGGGAAACUCUUGGCGUUUGUUGUACCAUUGGUGCUAACUGUGAUGAACUUAUUGUGGUUCGGGAAGAUCAUCAAGGGAUUGAAGAAGACUAUAUCAAAGAGGCAGUAAAAGGUGUGUAAGGUAUUCUGCUGGUCUGUCCAUUAGAGAGAAAUAGUUGAUCAACUCAUGUUUGACUUUCCCUUGUGUAAAAAAAGUGGGGGAAAGAUGAAAAAGUUCAGGACCCCUUAGGUUAGAUGGAGAAAUUUGGACAAUGGACUUGCUUGUAACAGCAUCUCCGGUGUUUGAAUUUUUAUCAUCUGGUUGCAUCCCGAGCUCCACUCCUAAAUUAGAUGUAUAUAGACUGUAAAGUGCAUAUAUAUCUCGAUUUGAAUGGA